AUGGCUGAACACAAAUAUCUUGAUGUGGCAAAGCGCUUCUUCGACGCCUACAACGCAUCGGAUGCCUCGAAUAUAACUGAAGUAGUGGAUUCAGAUCUACUCUGGGCGCACAGCAACCGCUUCAAAGGCCAAAGGCGUGACGCUCUCCUCAAAUCGAUCGAGGAAUAUUCUGCAAAUGUUCCUGGGAGGGCUUUUUCUGCGCCCGCACGAUGGGCAUUGAAUGGGAAUGUUCUUUUCCUUGAGCACAAAUGGGAAGGAGUGCCCGCAAUUGACGUGCCGGGAUUUGGCUGGAAGGCAGGAACUCGUGCUUCCUUGGACUGCUUGAGCGUGUUGGUGUUUGAUGAGAAAGAUAGGAUCGUCGAAUGGACUGAUUAUGCUUAG